UAUGUUUUGGUUACUUCUACUUUCAUCUUGGUUGUUGGCGUUGGCGCUCCGCUCGUUAUUGAUUGUUUUCUUUUUCCACUUGCCGAUGCGCGAGGGAGGUUUACUUUCAAGCGUCCCCUGCGCACUUACUCCUUUUCUUUUUGCCGUGUGCUUUCCUCCUCCUCCUCAGACGAUGUCCACCGCUGCCCACACAUUCCGCCGCAUCGUUGCGCACGACCUCUCCGUCGACUUCCGCGCCGCCACCUCCAUCGUGCGUGCGGACUUCCCAAAGGAGCUGCACCCGAAGGCGGUUCUCGUGAGGAACAAGUUUGUUGGCAUCAACGCCAGCGACAUCAACUUUACAGCUGGCAUCUACCAGCCGGAUGUGCGCCCGCCCUUCGGGUGCGGCUUUGAGGCGGUCGGCGAAGUCGUCGCGGUCGGGAGUGCCGUGUUGGAUCUAAAACCCGGUGCGGCUGUCGCGACGCGCGAGUACGGCGCGUUUGCCGAGCAUCAAGCGGUGGCGCGCCGUCACGUGAAGCUGAUUCCGUCUCUUGCGAAAGAGUACCUCCCGCUGGACCUCAGUGCCACGACGGCGUCCAUUGCGCUGGAGCACGUCUUGAAGCCGCUGAAGGGUGAGCGGGCGGUGGUGACGGCGGCCGCAGGGGGGACCGGGCAGUUCGCGGUACAGUUGCUGAAGCACGUGUAUGCGUGUUCGGUGGUGGGCACCUGCUCCUCGGAGGAGAAGGCGGCCUUUCUGGUGGACAAGCUGCACUGCGAUGGGGCGGUGAACUACCGUAAAGAAGGCGGUCAGGUGGCGGCUGCGCUUCGGCGGCACUACCCGCGCGGCGCGCAAAUCGCCUACGAGUCGGUCGGCGGUGAUCUGCUGGAGUCGGUCACCGCAAGUCUCGCCCUGCGAGGGCGCAUCGUCUCCUUGGGCUGCGUCUCGACCUACCAAGAUGGCUCGACGGAAGCCGUUGCGCGUCGCACGCCGCUGCCGCUGCAGCUGCUGGCCCACAGCGCGUCUCUUUCGACGUUCUUCCUGCCUCACUUUGCCAAGUAUGAGGUCGCCCACUUUGAGAGACUGUGCGCACUGCAUGACAAAGGGGUGAUCCACAGCUUUGUGGAUCCGACGGUGUUCAAAGGGUUAGAGGGGGUGUACGACGCGAUUGACUGGAUGUUUGCGCGGAAGAACUGCGGCAAAGUCGUUGUGGAGCUGUGA